AUGACAGAGAAACCCAAGCUGCACUACCUCAAUGCACGGGGCAGAAUGGAGUCCACCCGGUGGCUCCUGGCUGCAGCUGGAGUAGAGUUUGAAGAGAAAUUUCUAGAAUCUGCAGAAGAUUUGGACAAGUUAAGAAAUGAUGGGAGUUUGCUGUUUCAGCAAGUACCAAUAGUCGAGAUUGACGGGAUGAAGCUGGUGCAGACCAGAGCCAUUCUCAACUACAUUGCCAGCAAAUACAACCUCUAUGGGAAAGACAUAAAGGAGAGAGCCCUGAUUGAUAUGUAUACAGAAGGUAUAGUAGAUUUGACUGAAAUGGUCUUUCUUCUGAUCACAUGUCAACCUGAGGAAAGAGAUGCCAAGACUGCUUUGGUCAAAGAGAAAAUUCAAAACCGCUAUUUCCCUGCCUUUGAAAAAGUAAGUGAAACUGUUCAGUGUUUUGGGGAACUGAGUUUAGAGGCCAGUAGAAAAAUAGUGGCUGGGCAUUCCUGGGGCCACUGA